AUGCCCGCUAUAGAUGCUUGGUUCUUUGGUGCCAGUGCGUCCACAGAGUCUGGCUUGAACACUAUCGACGUCAAGGAUCUCAAGACAUAUCAGCAGCUCUACAUUUAUUUCAUUCCUAUCUUGACUAAUCUGGGCUUCAUAAAUAUUGUGGUGGUUAUUGUGCGCCUCUUUUGGUUCAAGAGAUAUCUGAAGCGUCUUGCCCCUCAAGCCCUCGACUAUAGCCCAGCUAUACCUGAUGUCGACAUUGAGAGUGCUCAACAUGAGUCAAAGGUCCUUGCUGACACAAAUGAAAACUCUGCCAAGACCACUGAUGAGCCAAAUGGUAAGGCUAAAGCGACAAAUGACUGCAUCGAAGAGGAUGCUGCACUUGCAAACGAAGACAGGCGAGUGGCCCGUACCACAGCCAUCACCUUUGAUCCAUCCACCGAAAGGCACAAGGAGGACGAUGCCCUCUACAUCCCUGGACCGCGAGCUCGCGACCGUGGGUAUCCGAUUGCUCCCAGAAGCCACGAAGCCGCGCAGCAUCCAGACGAUAGUGAUGAUGAUGAUGCAAUCAAGCCUGUGCCCAACGAAACUCAAAACAACGGAAGCUCCUCCAUGCGUCGACGACGCUUCAGUAACGAUGAUGGCCUAAAAGUCACAGCUUCCCGCUCCAUGGAUCGGGUUGCCGGCGUAGCGGCUUCCUUCCUGGUUCUGGGAUCACAAAUCGAGCCUCAACCGCGCCCUAUCUCCUCACACUCGAACCAACAGCCCGCCAUCAACGACGUCCCUUUCCUCUCACGCCAAGCUACCCUCGGACGGAACUCGCAGUUCAAGAAUCUUACAUCACAUGAUCGAGAGAUUCUUGGUGGUAUUGAGUAUAGGAGUCUGAAGCUGUUGCUGAAGAUCGUCGUGGUUUAUUUCUUUGGUCUUCAUAUAUUUGGUGCGGUCUGUCUUGUUGGCUGGAUCCAUACUGCUGAUAAGCAAUACGCGGAUAUUCUACAGUCAAGCGCUCAGGAUAAGACCUGGUGGGGCAUCUACUCCGCUCAGACAAUGUAUGAUAACCUAGGUUUUACUCUCACACCAGACUCUAUGAUCUCCUUCCGCACUGCCAAGUGGCCCAUGAUCUUGAUGAGCUUCCUCGCAUUUGCUGGAAACACGCUCUAUCCUGUCUUUCUGCGCCUGAGCAUCUGGAUCAUGUCAAACCUGGUACAAAAGACCUCACCUACACAGGAGUCUCUCGCGUUCCUGCUCACUUAUCCUCGUCGAUGCUACACAUUGCUCUUCCCUAGCGGUCCGACGUGGAUUCUCUUCGGUAUCAUCUUCGCUCUCAACUUCACCGACAUUCUUCUCAUAAUAGUUCUUGACCUGUCCAAUCCCGAAGUUGCCUCUCUUCCGCUUUCUCAACGGAUCCCAGCGGCUAUCUUCCAGGCUGCAUCGGCGCGCCAUACCGGUACUGCUAGCUUCAAUCUUGCCAACGUCAGCCCCGCUGUGCAGCUCAGCUUACUGAUCAUGAUGUACAUCGCUGUUUUCCCUAUCGCGAUCAGUAUUCGAGCGUCGAAUGCCUACGAGGAAAAGUCCCUUGGUCUUUGGGAAGAAGAAAAGUCUCUCGACGAGAAGCACAGCAAGACUUAUCUCUUGACGCAUAUGAAGAACCAGCUUGGCUUCGAUCUUUGGUAUAUUUUCUUGGGGACUUUCUGUAUCUGCAUUUCUGAGUCGACAAGGAUCGCAGAUGUCAACGAGCCUGCUUUCUCGGUAUUUUCAGUCUUGUUCGAAGUUACCUCUGCAUACGGAAAUGUUGGACUGAGUCUCGGGUACCCAACGGUUAGCACCUCUCUAUGUGGCAUGUUUGGAACCUUUGGAAAAGCAGUCAUCUGUCUGAUGAUGAUUCGAGGACGUCACCGUGGAUUACCAUAUGCCCUAGAUCGUGCCAUAAUGCUCCCCACUGGACAGAUUGCUGAGAACUGA